AUGGAAAGAUCAAACCAUCAAAUUGGUAAUAAUGGCUAUGAGGAUGAAGAUGACGUUGAUGACAAUGAUAAUAAGGAUGAUGAGGACGAUGAUGAUGAAGAUGAUGAUGAUGAAGAUGAUGUGAACGAUGAUGAAGAUGAUGAUGAUAACGGUAAAGGUCACGCGGAGAAACUUCUUACUCCCUGGUGCAUGGAUGAAACAUUGGAAUUGAACUACGUAACUAGAUUUUGGUGGACAGCAUAUAGAGAGUACCUGUUAAGAAGAUGUUGGUGCAGGGUGGAUCUGGGCAGUACCUGCUGGCACACUCCAAUGUUCGGACAUCUGACCACCAUCUGGUUCAUCAAGCUGCACAUGCACUUUCUGGUUACUUUUUCAGAUGAAAAAUACCUGCAAAAAAAUUUUUCUACCUCUUCUGAAUUGGUUCUCCUUACAUCAUUUUUUCUAUUGAAUAGUGACAACAUCUAUCCAAUUAUAUUUGUCAUGCACAAUCCAUUCUUUUAUCACCACAUAAAUACAUACUCAAAAAAUGAAAACUUCCAGCCGGCCCUCUACACAAAUAUGUCGAACAAUAAAUUGAAAUAUGCACAUGCAAAUGAAGACACAUAA